AUGAUUCGUAAUGUCAUUGUUGGUCGUUCGACUUCCCGACUUUUCAGGGUAUACGCUAGCAGUCGUGGUUACGCACCGCGUCACCCUAUAAACACUGGGCUAUUGAUCGUCCCAGAGAAAGAAGCAUGGGUUAUUGAAAGAUUAGGGAAAUUUCACAGAACACUGGAACCAGGACUCAAUUUUUGUAUACCUUUUCUGGAUCGAAUCGCUUACAUACAGUCACUAAAAGAAGUGGCAAUUGAAAUUCCAGAUCAGUCAGCAAUUACGUCAGAUAACGUCGUUCUACAAUUGAACGGUGUUCUCUUCCUUAAGGUCAAAGAUCCAUAUCUAGCAUCAUAUGGAGUGUCUGAAGCUGAAUUUGCAAUUACUCAGUUAGCUCAAACAAUUAUGCGAUCAGAAAUUGGCAAGAUAAUUUUGGACAAUGUUUUUAAAGAACGUGAAGCAUUGAAUUUUCAAAUAGUACAAGCUUUAGGCAAAGCAUCCGAGCCUUGGGGUAUUGAGUGUUUGCGUUAUGAAAUUCGUGAUGUUCAAGUACCACAAAAAAUUAAAGAAGCUAUGCAAAUGCAAGUUGAAGCGGAACGAAAAAAACGUGCAUCCAUAUUAGAGUCAGAAGGACAACGUGAGGCUGCUAUCAAUCGUGCUGAAGGUUUGAAACGUAGUCAGGUAUUAGAGUCAGAAGGUCAUCAAAUUCAAAUUGUAAAUAAGGCAUCAGGUGAAGCGGAAGCUACUGAACGUUUGGCAGAAGCUCGAGCCAAUUCUAUCCAAAUUGUUGCCCGUGCGAUUGGUGCUAAGCGUGGAGCAGAUGCAGUACAACUUACAAUAGCUGAACAGUAUAUAGAAGCUUUCAGUGCUUUAGCCAAGACAACGAAUACUGUCUUAUUGCCAUCUCACAGUGGUGAUGUUGCGUCAAUGGUUACCCAACUACUUAUCGAUUUAUUGAGUAGUAUACUAGUAUUCGAUUAA